UUGUUGUGAUAUUUGGGGAAUGCUGUGCAGCAAGUGUUAAAGUGUGAGCGAAUAAAACGAACGUGUUUAACUUCAGCAUGAAGUUAAUUUGGCAGUUGAGAGGCUGUUCCAGGUGAUGUGAGGAGGUCAGAACUGGUGUUGAGUAAAGCUGUUGAACGUCUUUCAAAUGCUGCUUUUAAAAAGCGUUUAUAGAGUUUUGUGUUAAAUGAAAUGGGAAAAUUUGAAAGGAAAUCAUUUUAUUUAGUGUUAAAGUUUCUUGGUUAAGCUCUGUUGUUGGCAUCUCUGUGUAGGGCGUUUAUAGGUGACAUACUUCAUUUAUCAUUCGCGUAUAUAUUUAGUUAACGUUUACAAAGACUCUUUUUAAAUGUAGUAAAUUUUAGGUUUUGUAGGAGAUCUUAUUGCGAUCAUAUCAGCCAGUCACGAUUUGACAAAAGUCAUACAAUCUGAGAAAUAUUCUCAUUUAAUUUUGAAAUGUCUGCAUUUGUACUAAAAUAAUAAAUCUGGUCUCCUUUCACUGUCAUUUCAAGAGGCCCUUCACUGAGAAACAACUUUUGACUCAUUAUUUUUGAAAAAUACAUUUGCAUAAAAUAAUUAAUGUUAUUUGGAAAACUGAAUAACGAUAUUGUUGCAAAUAUGACAACUGGUAUGGUUAAUAUUAAAAGGGUCAAUGAAAUCAAAUUCCUUGAGAUGAUCUUAGAUCCCUGAAUCUGCUUGAAACCACACAUCACAUACAUUUGGGGGAAGCUGGCUCAGAGUCUUUCCAUUUUAGGUAAAACUAAAGAUGUUCUUAACAGUAAAGCUCCUUGUACUCCAUAUUGUACUUGUACUUACUAUUACCAUACCUGACGUACUGUGCAGAAAUCUGGGGAAAUACAUACAAGACAAAUUUACAACCAAUUAACAUAAAAGGCAAUUAGAUUUACAAAUGAAACAGAAUAUGGAGACCAUACUCAUCAACUCUUUAUAAAUUCAGGAUUAAUGACAUUUCCCGAUUUGGUUCGGUUUAAAACAGGUCAAGAAGAAAGGGAAGGAGGGUACAAUUCAAGAGGGAAUUUAAAUGUAAAAAUACAUCCAGUCAGAACAACAUUAAAGAGCAGGUGUAAAAUUAUGGAACAAUUUAACAGACAAAAAACAAAGUAGAAACAUCAGCCAGGUCAAAGGAAAAUUCAAAGAAAGUAUAUUUAUUCAUUAUAAGUAUGAAGAUGAGCAAAUUGUACCUGUGGAAGGUUAGGAGGAAUGUAGGGACGAGUGAUUUUGCUUUGUUAUGGUAAAUGUUGAGAGAGUUGUCCAGUAAUUGGAAGGUUGCAGGUUCGAUCCCGGCUCCGGACAGAGAAUUCUGCUGUUGUGUCCUUGGGCAAGACACUUAACCAACUUUGGGUGGUCGGAGGGGAAGGUGGCGCCUGUGCUCGGCAGCCUCACCACUGUCAGUGCACCCCAGGGCAGCUGUGGCUACAUCGUAGCUCAUCAGCAUCAGUGUGUGAAUGGAUGAAUGAUACACUGUAGUGUAAAGCGCUUUGGAGUCCUUACCCCCAAAUUCCACUACCUCCGCUCCGCCCCCGCCUUCCUCUGCCACUCGCUUCCGAACUCAAUUUUUACUGGUACCCACUCUACAACGGCUCCGCUCCGGUGCGGAGACCUGAGGUGGGCAAACAAGCAUGCACGGGAUUUUCGAGAUCUUGCGAUACAGUCCGAGCAAUAAACGCGGAAGUUAGAUCCAAACACCCGUUGUGCGGGAGAAGCAUCGAAAUGAACUGUUUAAUCUGCCCAUCAGUUGUGUUGAGAGAUCAGCAGUGUUUGGAUCAACAAAGUGUGACUACUUUGAUAGUGGAAACUGUAUUUAUGGCUUACUUUUGUGCAUUUAAAGUUCAGCCGCCAUUGAUAGUUGUUAAAAGUUGUUAAACCUGUGCAUAUGAAACAAAAAACGCUUUUUGUUUAUCGAUUUAUUGUGAAAUAACGGAAUUUGUGCUUGCUCUCUUUCCUGUUGGGCGUUUGUGAUUUCUGUCCAUUGACUGCGGAGGUGCUCCGGCGUCCGGCGAAAAUAGGAUCGAUUCUAUUUUUGCCGGAUGCCGGAACAGAGGGCAGCGCACUGCGCCGCACUGCUGGAGCACAGCCGCAGUAGUGGAAUUGCUCUGAUUGACUACAACGGGACCGAUUUUGCCGUGGAGUUCGUGCCGGAGCGGAGCGGAGGUAGUGGAAUUUGGGGGUAACUCUUAGAGGCGCUAUACAAGUGCAGGUCAUUUAUCAUUUAAAUGGCCUGUAUUUGAUAUAGGACCUUUCUAGAGUCUUGGAACCCCCCAAGGUGCUUUACAACACAAUCAGUCAUUCACCCAUUCACACCCUGGUGGGGAUGAGCUACGAUGUAGCUACAGCUGUCCUGGGGCGCGCUGACAAAUGCGAGGCUGCCGAGCACUGGCGCCGCUGGUCCCUCUGACCAUCACCAGUGACAAGGGGUUUCAAGUGUCUAGCCCAAGGACACAACGACAGCAACAAACUGAGCGUGUCUACCGUCACCCCCGUUAUGAGUGUCAACUUGUUUUUUCCUUUUUUGGUUUUGUUUGUUUGAGUUUUCAUUUUCUUGUUAUGACAGACCAAUCAGGCUGUAUGAUGGUGAAAAGAAGGUGUGUAAAACAUUAUUUUGUUACAUUAUAAUCGUUUUUUUUUUUUUGAAAACGAUGCAGUGUUGGAAGGGGUAGGGCCUUUAUAAGUCAAAACUUCUACCUACCUCCUUUUCAAACAAACUUACAUUUAUUGUUUUAAAUGUUGUUUUAUUUGUCAGAAAUGUUUGAAAUAAAUGAAAACUAAAUAAUAAUAAUUCAUGCAUGCUGAAUGUGAAAAUCGUCUUCUACACCUAUCUCCUGCAUUUGCUUCUGAAGGUUCUAGGAUUUCAAAAGCCUGACAAAUCUAUGUCACACUGUCACUUAAAAUUCAUGGACUCACCCAUCUUGACUCACGUUGUUGGUUUAGUGUCCAGGAAACAGCAGAGAACAUCUUGGCUAGUAGAAGCUUAGCAUUAGCAACUCAACAACACAGCAGAACUCCUCCAGACUUGUGCUGUAUGUGGAGAUAAACAUCUUAAACAGGCACACUGGAACUUCUUCCCCAGAGUAAGGCAUUCAUUCUUACUAGAGACCAUUGCAAAUAUGUUAAAGAUAUGAGUGGACAUUUUUCAGAGAAGGUUGCAGCAUAGUUUCUGAGUCUAAAACACACACCUGGCUAAAUGAGAAAGAUAUUGAUUGUCCAACUACUUGAUGAGCAAUUUUACAAACAUGUCUGCAUAAAUGCGUGGGAUGUAAUUUCAGUAUAACAUUUGGAACAGCCUAAACAGAAACCUGUUUCAAUUAGUAUAUUCCUUAAAAUAACUAAUGGUUCUACAUAACACUUCAACUUUGUGGCAAUUCUAGAACAAGCGUUCUGUAACACCUCUUUCAGCAAAAGUAAUUAAUGUACACUCGUUAAGGUUGGUGCCACUAGGGACCUUGUUGAAGGUAUCUUUUGGUUUUUAUUCCUCUGCUUGUAUAACGUUAUUGCUGCAAAGUAGUUUGGUAGUACUCAAGAUUUCUCUGGUUGUAUUGAGAAGGAAAACAAAUUAAAGGUCAAUGUUUGAAGCACAUUAUAUUCUUAGCUCCAAAUGGAAUCCACUUGAAACAAAACUGAUUUGAGAAUGUUAGUGGAAACCGCUGUGGAUGAUGUUUCAGGCAAAUGCAAGUGCUAUAAAUAGCUUUUGUGAAGUCUCUAGGUGCAAGCAGCAACAUGUGUAUUUGUAUUCAAAAUAGAAAAUUAGUUAAGAAAAGUGAGUAAUAAAUGCAUAACUCGUCACAUGUCAGACUGCAACUUUCCAUCAGGGUUAAAGAAGGGGCUUUUUCUCUAAUUGCUUGUGCAAUUAAUAAACUUUUUCAUACCUUCCAAAAUGGUGGUGCUUACUAGAGAGAGGAUAGGAUUUUAAAACUUUCCUGACGUGAUGCUGGUGAAAAACUAUAUGUUGAAAUUGUGCUUAAGACCAACCUUGUUUUCCAAACUAACCGUACAACUUUUUCUUGAACAACACAGAUUUUGUGCCUAAUUGGUUUGAAGCAAUUCCAAGCAGAAGUGAAAAACAAAACUGUAUGUAAUGAAGGACUUUUGACAAUGUUACCAAAUGGUACUCACAAAACUUCAAACACCUUAGUGGUUUAAAAAAAGCACUGUGAUACUGAGUUGGGUGCCGUUGUUCUGAGUUGUCUCAUUUCGGAAAACGUUUGCGCUCCAUAGCUUCCUGUUUUACAUGAAGACAGAAGCGCUUCUGAAAGUAAAGCACUAUGCUCUCCGCUGGGAAAGUGUUUCAUUUAUGCUAACAACAGCCAGAUUGCAUUUCACGUCUGCUGUCACUACAUCCAAGUUUAACAUGGCAUCACAGCUGUUCCAGUGAAGGCACAAAGAGUUUAGGAUUCAGCAGCAGCAUACUGGUGUAGCAACUCUUACCCAGGGAAUCUCAGAAUAGAUAAUUGGAAAAGACUCACACAUGAUGAGUGUUUUUGUUCCACAUACUCUCUCAGAAUAGAUAUUAGCAUUGACUGUUUAUUAUUUGCUUGCUGCCACAUAAAAUUUGCUUUAAAAGAUGUUUACUCAUGUUUUACCAUAAUUUUGGUCUGGUUUGAGAAAAGGCGACUGUAAAUCUCCUGACACCAUAACAGCCUUCUUUCUUGGAACCUUUUAAAAUUUUCAGAAAUGGUGGAUCAUUCCGGUCCGGUAAGAAGUCCGCUCCGACAGCUUCUGGCAUUUUUAAAAGGUAUCCCAGGGGCACGUGGUGCACACAGCUGGGGCUGUUGGGAACCUGCUGGUGCACGGGUGGCGAUCAGCAAUCAGCAACAGGCUGAUUAUAAAGGAUUGCACCGCAGGUGCAGAGGGGAGCAGACUGGAGGAGUUGGGAGACCUCCCACUUUCUACUUCUUCUCCUGCACUAAUGUCUGGGAUCAUUCAAAACAACUUUUGCAUCUUGUGAUUUUUUUCUUUAUUGAUUUUUCUUCAGGAUUUUUAUCAGUCAAUUAUGAAUCUUUUACCAAAAACUAAAGAAAAGACUCACAGCUGCAUUCAUCAGAUCCUGCCGCAUUUGAAACUUUAAGAUUUAAUUUCUUUUAUUCAGUUGUUUCUUUUCUUAACGUCGAAGAUUCAUGUAGAUGUGAUUGUUUUUUUUAUUUAUGCCAUGCCAAUUUUUUAGCUUUUGAAUUGAGAAAAGACAAUAAAUUUGUGUUGUUUUUGAAACUUUUAGAACCAAAUAUUAUCAAGACGAAACCAAAAAGUCCUUUGGCAGCUGGUUUUUUAGUGUACAAUGUGGUCUACCUUUUUUCUGACGGAUGAGGAGGGUCACACUGUGGUCCAGGGAGCAACAACAGGUGGAGGGCCUGCACCUCCACAGGGUGGAGGAGGCCUGGCCAGCUUGAUGAGUGGACGCAGUACUUUUGGUGGGAACAAGCGUCGCAGGACAACUUCAUCAGGACACGGUAUGAGUGAAGCCAAGGAGGGAAAGAUCAAGCUGGCGUUCUUUGUAGCCAUUGUGGGUGUAGUUCUGACAAUCCUUGGUGUUUGUACUGAGUUCUGGGUGGAGCUGGCCCCCGCUAAGAACUUCUAUAACAAUCAGACUUGUCUCACAACUUACUACGGACUGUGGAAGGGCUGCACAAAGACGCUGUGGGUGUUUGAUAUCGACCCAGAACGUGAGAGCUGUGGACCUGCUGACCUUGCUGGAGAAUCGAACUGCACCUACUUCAAGUUUUUCACCACGGGGGAAAAUGCUGUCAUGUUUCAGAAGACAACAGAGAAGAACCUUAAUGUAGCAGCAGCCAUGUUGGCCCUAUUUAGCCUCUUCCUGAUGGCAAUGGGAUCCAUCUGCAUCACCAUGUCUCUCAGUAAAGAGAUCCUGUUCUUUCUCAAGCCAGCAUCCAUCUGCUUCAUUCUUUCAGGUGUUCUGGUGCUCCUGUCCCUGCUGGUUUUCCAUCAGUCCGUAUUGGCUCUCUUAGCCAGCGAUCACACAGUCCCUCUCCACCAUGAGCUCUCCUGGUCGGUGUCAUGUAUCGGCUGUGCUGGUACUAUUCUCAUCGUGGGCGGGAUCCUCCUGCUGCUGCUGGCACUGCCCUGCAGUCCCUGGAAGAAAUGUUUCCCUCAAAAGCAAAGCAGCAGUUAGGGGUGUUGAGGUGAUAAAACUCUUUAGUGGCCCUUUUCAGAAGGGUGAGAAAGGUCUGUAUUGAUCACUUUUUCUGUUGUCUAGAUGAUUCACAUUCACAGAUGAGACUUAUGGGAAUAAACAAUAUUUUAAAAAGGCA